GACAGAAAAUCUAGUUACCAACUGACGUUCUGUGCUCCAAAGUUCCAGAGUCUAGGGUUUUACACACGCGCCGCCGCAGCUUACACCGAUGACAAAGAAACGUGCGAGAAUAACUAAUCCAGAGCCGUUCUUGGCAGAUGAGUCCAAGUCUCUCUCCGCCGUCUCCCACAAAAAACGCUCCAAGCCACCCAAGCCCCAUCAACUUGAGCAGAAGCUAGUGCCCUUGGGCAUGAGCUCAAAGAUUUUGAAGGAAGCCUUGUCUCAGCAGAAGGAAAUUCAAGAGGAAGAGGAGAAGCAGAACCCUAGUAAUUUGGUAUUUUCCGAAGAGCAUGGAAUUAAAGACGAUGAUUAUGAGGAAGACUAUAUUGAUGAUUUCGGAGGAUUUUCCGAGACGCAGAGUCAAUUUGGACAAUGGGAUUUUGAGGAUCAAAUAAAUGAGGAGGAUGAAAAGCUUCUGGAGGCCUUCCUGUCUAAAGAAAAUCGCCCUCAGCGCACGUUGGCUGACGUUAUUCUUGAGAAAAUCAAAGAAAAAGAUUCCCAAGUUUCUAAAGGAGAGCAACCAAUGCCCAGAUUGGAUGACUCCAUCAUAGAGUUGUACAAGGGAGUUGGCAAGCUACUUAACAAAUACACUUUUGGCAAGAUACCAAAAGCUUUUAAACACAUACCUGCUCUACAACUUUGGGAGGAAGUCUUAUACCUGACUGAACCUGAGAAAUGGUCUGCAAAUGCAAUGUAUCAAGCCACAAGAAUCUUUGCUUCUAAUAUGGGGGUCAAGAAGGUUGAACGCUUCUACAAACUUGUCUUACUACCACGCGUCAGAGAAGACAUCAGGAAGAAUAAGCGGCUGCAUUUUGCCUUGUAUCAAUCUUUGAAAAAGGCUCUGUACAAACCGGCUGCCUUCAAUAAGGGGAUCUUAUUUCCUUUAUGUGAGUCAAGAACUUGCAAUUUGAGGGAAGCUGUCAUUGUUGGUAGCAUUAUUCAGAAGGUUUCCAUUCCUCCUCUUCAUUCCAGUGUUGCACUAAUGAAGCUUGCAGAGAUGGAGUAUUAUGGCACUACAAGUUAUUUUAUAAAGCUACUGAUUGAGAAGAAAUAUGCAUUGCCAUAUCGUGUAUUGGAUGCCCUGGUUGCUCAUUUUAUGAGAUUCUAUGAGGACUCCAGAAUAAUGCCUGUGAUCUGGCAUCAGUCACUUCUUGCAUUUGCUCAAAGGUACAAAAAUGAGUUGACAAAGGAGGACAAAGCUUAUCUCAACACUCUAGUCGAAAGGCAAAGACAUAAAUUAGUUACUCCUGAAAUAUUAAGGGAAUUAAAUAACAGCCGCAAUCGUGGGGAGAAGGACGACCUUAUGUCGAUAUCGACUCCAAUUUCCGUGGUCAACAAAACGAUACAAGAAGAUAGGUUUGAUAUCCCAGACGUACCCAUGGAGGAAGACUAAAUUCAUAUUGCAGCUGAUAUUUUCAUGGUUUUAUGCAGUACUUUGGCGACGGGGACUUAUUGGUGUCCUAGAUACGUUGACUUUGAGCAAAUGUAGUUAGUCGAGCAUUGAUGGAGCUACCUAAUAUAGUUAUCGGUCGAGGAUUUUGAAAUUUUGCUUAGAGCAUUCUUUGUUUUGUGGGCGUACACAUUUUCUCCUUGGAAACGUCUUUUGUUGUUUUAAGGUUAUUAAAGUUUAGGUUGUCUUCCUUGAAGUUGAGUCUGUGAAGACACAGAAUUUUUGGUUGCCAGUAUUUUUAAGUCAUUUUUAUUUUCUUC